UUGUCUUACAUAAGGAUGAUGUGAUUGUGUGGUGAGAAAAGAGGAAAUACAAGUCGCGGUGUAGCGGAAGUGGUACUGCCCAGAGAUAUACGCUCAACGAGACGGAGGACGGAGACUUUAACGUCUGGAGAGAGGGUUGAAAUAAUCAGGAUUAAAAGUCGCCAAUAUUUCUAGAAAAUGGAUAAGAACGACCUGGUACAGAAUGCCAAGCUUGCUGAGCAGGCUGAGCGCUAUGAUGACAUGGCCACAGCCAUGAAGAGUGUGACGGAGCAAGGUACAGAGCUGUCAAAUGAAGAGCGCAACCUUCUCUCUGUUGCCUACAAGAAUGUGGUCGGGGCACGCCGCUCAUCCUGGCGCGUCAUCUCCAGCAUUGAGCAGAAGAUUGAAGGCAAUGACAAAAAGAAGCAAAUGGCACGUGAAUAUCGGGAGAAGAUUGAAUCUGAGCUGCAGGAAAUCUGCCACGAUGUGCUUGGGCUACUGGACCAGUACCUCAUUGCCAAUGCAUCUAGUUCUGAAGGCAAGGUGUUUUAUCUGAAAAUGAAAGGGGAUUACUACAGAUACCUGUCUGAGGUUGCAUCCGGCGACAUUAAGAAGGAUACGGUGGAGAAUUCCCAGCAGGCGUACCAGCAAGCUUUUGACAUUAGCAAGGGGGACAUGCAGCCAACACACCCCAUUAGGCUUGGCCUGGCCCUCAACUUCUCCGUCUUCUACUAUGAAAUCCAAAACAACCCGGAAAAGGCUUGCAGUCUGGCAAAGGCGGCAUUUGACGAAGCCAUCGCUGAGCUUGACACCUUGAACGAGGAUUCUUACAAAGACAGCACCCUGAUCAUGCAACUACUAAGGGACAACUUGACUCUGUGGACAUCAGAAAACCAAGGAGAUGAGGGAGAGACCGGAGAAGGGGAAAACUAAUGGAAUUGCACUGUUAUCCACCUACACUCUUAUCUUAAAACACAAGACAGCUUAUAUACAUCCCCCCUCCACUCCAUCAGCCCCUCCCUCUUCUGUAUGACAAGCAGCCUGAAUUGCUCCUGACCAACUAGUUUACCCCUCUCAGUUUACUGUGAGGUGACAGGGUCAUUUUCAGUUGUUAGUACGUUCAGUCACUUUGUAGAAACUUGUAUUGAUUAGUGAGUCCAUGUUUCUGUUUCUGUUAGCUUUGUGUGUAUGUUGGCUCGUUUGUGCGGAGUGAGCAAGUGUGAGUGUAAAAGAUAUUUUGUGUGUGUGCGUGUGUGUGCGUGGAUGUGUGUGCUCGAGCACGUGUGAGAGAGCGAUCUGGGGGGAGAGGGGGAGGUAUUGUGAAUUUAAAUCGUCAAUCUAAAUUCCUUUGUCCCGGCUAGUUUGUGGCGCAUUUUACCCCCCCUCCCCUUUUUUUUUUGUUACUUUUAUUAUUGUGAUUCCUCAUGGUAUUUACAGGUUUUAUUGUAUGGUUUUAUUGUAUGGUAAUUAAACUGGCAAACACUG